AUGGUAUCUGUCACAAUGGCGACAUCCGAAUGGAUUCAAUUUUUCAAGGAAGCCGGGAUCCCCCCGGGCCCCGCUGUCAACUAUGCUGUCAUGUUUGUGGAUAACAGGAUCCAGAAAAACAUGUUGCUGGAUCUGAACAAGGAGAUCAUGAAUGAGCUGGGCAUCACAGUGGUGGGAGACAUCAUUGCCAUCCUCAAACAUGCCAAAAUUGUGUACAGGCAGGAGAUGUGCAAGGCGGCUACUGAAUCGCUCUGCCCUGGAGCUCCCAGCGUUCAAGCCGAGCUGCGCCGCAACGCCAACAGUGCCGCCAGCCGGAUGAUCGCCAACAGCUUGAGCAGAGACUCGCCUCCUGCCACCCCUCUCCGACAACGGCCCCACACGUCCAAAAUCUCCGUCACUGUCUCCAACAAACUAGCCGCCACGAAGGCAGGUUUAUGCGAUGUGGUAGACGAAAAUCCAACAAUCCCAGUAAAACGCCGCCGGGUGACAGCAGAAAUGGAAGGGAAAUACAUCAUCAACAUGCCCAAGGGCACCACGCCGAGGACAAAGAAAAUCCUGGAGCAGCAAGCGGCCAAAGGUUUGCAGAGGACUUCCGUCUUUGACCGCCUGGGAGCCGAGGCAAAAGCGGACACAACCGCAGGAGGGAAGCCCACGGGGGUCUUCAGCAGACUGGGUGAUGCCUUGGGGACCGACGGGGACAAAACCACCGAGAGUGACGACGAUUGUUCCGUCCUCCAGUACGCCGGCGUCCUAAAAAAACUCGCCAAAGCUCCACGGAAGGAAAGUGCCAUGCUGGGAGGGACCCUUGAGGCAAAAGCCACCAGUUCGGAAGCCAAACCGGUCACCAGUUACAGGAACACCGCCAGUAUCCGUAAACUGCAACCACCAGUGUCCAAAAUGGGUGGUGUCGGUCUUGCGGCGGUGCCGGGCGAAGCCCAGGACAGCAACGUCACCAGCACGAAGGAUAAAAACGAACCGGAAUUUAGGGUGACAAUCAAAAGGACCUGGGGGUGCGGGAAGGUCAGCAGCACCAGCGAGAGCCCCGGCGCGCAGAUGGACAGCACGGGCACUGUCAGCGUCUUCAAACGACUGGGGAAGAAACCAGAUUGA